AUGGUUUUCAGGAAAUGGAAGUCGGAGAAGGUACAUGGAUGGUGUAUACGUUGGUUCCAUCGUCAAAAUCUCUCCAAACUGAAUCUGACGCAACGGGCCGUCACGUCUAGAGUACAGGCCCAUACACAUGGCGUUACUUGCCUUCAAGUAGUUGGAACUCGAGUUAUUACGGGCUCAUGGGACGGAGUUGUCAAGAUUUGGAAUCUUCAAAGAGGCGAAGACGCCAACGGCAUUCGUGCACCAAGUCCCGAAAAUCAAGAAACCACUGUCAGCAAACAUGAUAAUAAACGAACCAGCAUUCUCCGCAAAGCUAUAUCCCCACCAACUGUCAAGGACACUGAGGCCAGGAAGCUUGGGCUCAAGUUUGUCCAUCAAUUUUCUCAUCAUGAAGGCCCAGUGGAAUGCCUAAAGGUUUCUGGUGAUUUCCUUGCCACUGGCGGACGUGGAAAUCGAACAGCACUGAUACUGUGGUCGCUGAAAACCCUGGCAAGACUCAAAGUUAUUCCAUGGGAGCACGAUGCUGUGACGUGCUUGGAUCUGAACAAGAAAUACCUGAUUGGAGCCUCUCGAACCUUGCUUCACGUCAUUUCACUUGGCGACCUCCGAAUUAAAGGAACACAGCGAUUUCCCACAUCCUCAAUCGUCAAAGUCACCUUAACGUCAGUCGGUUUCAUAACUGUGUGUAUGAGCGGAUCCGUCACUGUUUGGAACCUUGGUGACAGCCAUGAAAUCACACAAAUUGGCCAAGUCACCACCGCUAGUCAUAUUCUCUACGCUCGUAUCAGAGCCCGCAAAGUCGAAUCAGAAUUUGAGAUUCUAACUGCACACAAAGAUGGUGCCGUCAGGGGGCUUCUAGUUCACGACAGGUCUCCUCACGACCAAGAAAACCAGGAUCCCUUGGAAUCUCGUAUUAUUGCUCAUCCCUUGCAUGAAUUUGAAUGUGUUUCGGAUUGGGCUACUGGUGUUGAUUUGAACGAAGUCAAUGGAAUACAAGCUGUAUCGUGCUGGGAUGGCAAGAUACGGCUAUGGAGUUUGUUUGAAGGUGACAAACGUGUACGUGCCAUUCUGCAAGACACAGGAUCGGCCGUUCUCUCUCUUCAAAUCAGUGACAAUAUUCUCAUAGCUGGAUGUUAUGACGGAAGCGUCAGUGUAUUGGAAUUCCCAAAGUUUCGUCUUCCUUCUAAUGUCAAGCAGACCUCAUUGUAG